CACAACAUGACCUGCAUGGGUUCUCCAAGUGCGCCCACAGUCUGUGCACGCAGCUGUCUGCUUUAAAGGGCUCUACAUGGGAAGCCUGACGAAGCUGCAGCUGCGUUUACUCUCAUCGUGAAGCCGACGGUCAGCGGGCUGCUGCUGACAGGCGUCCCACCACUGGCGGCGGCGCGCGUCAGGAUGGGCCGGCGCGAGGCGGACCGCAGAGGCGCAAUGAACACCAGCGAGCGCUCCGAGCUCGGCUGUCUGCAGGACUCCGCUUCCAGGAGGACGAGCGGCCGGGAUCCCUGCAGCCCGGACAGGGAAGUGAAGAAGCAUCUGCACAAACACAACCUAAAACACCGCUACGAGGUGAUGGAGACGCUGGGGAAAGGCACCUAUGGUAAAGUCAAGAAAGCAGUGGAGAGGGCGAGCCUGAGGACGGUAGCGAUCAAGUCCAUCCGUAAAGACCGAAUCACCGAUGACCUGGAAAGAAUUCAUAUCCAGAGAGAAAUCGAGAUCACCUCGUCUCUUCGUCAUCCGAACAUCAUUCGCUUCCAUGAGGUGUUUGAGAGCCGGGACAAGAUUGUGAUCGUGAUGGAGUUUGCCAGCAGAGGAGAGCUGUACGAUUACAUUCAGGAGAGGAGGAGGCUGCCAGAAACAGAAGCCAGGAGCAUUUUCAGGCAAAUUACGUCUGCCGUCCACUACUGCCACAAGAAUGGAGUGGUGCAUCGAGACCUAAAACUUGAGAACAUUCUUUUAGAUCAAGACUUGAAUGUAAAGCUGGCUGACUUUGGUCUGUCCAAUAAUUUCCACAGAGGCUCACUUUUGCAAACAUACUGUGGAAGUCCACUCUAUGCUUCUCCAGAGAUAGUGAAGGGUCUGCCAUACGUGGGGCCAGAGGUUGACUGCUGGGCACUGGGAGUGCUACUGUAUGCAUUGGUGUACAGCAGCAUGCCAUUCGAUGGAACAAGUCAUGCCAAACUCACAGAGCAGAUUAGCCAAGGCCGAUACCACAGACCCAAUCCACCCUCUGACGCCUGCUCUCUCAUUGACUGGUUGUUGACAGUACGUGUGCAGGAGAGGGCCACGAUUGAAGAUGUGGCCAACCACUGGUGGGUGAACUGGGGUUAUGAAGAGAGCGUGUGUGACUGCCCCUCAUCUCCCUACCAGGAGUGCCCGUCUCCAUUGCUGGCUCGCUACAUCGACUGGCAGAAUCAGGCUGCUCCAAAUAGGACAAACGACCCAGACUGCCUCUCCUCAGACUUCUCCUAUCCUCCUCAUGUCAGUGCAGAUCCCUUUUUUUUCAGCUCGUCUCUGAAUCCCAACUGUGGAGCAGGAGGUGGAAGAGCGUGUGGAGGAAUUUCGAGUCUCAGAAAGUCACGCAAGGAAAACGUAAUUCCCCAGACUGUACUGAGAGUUUGUAGUGAUGCUUCGCCAGCUUCUCCUUCCUCCACCAGUGAAAAGAGGAAACCUAAAGGCAUAUUAAAACACCAGAGAAGCUUGGACUCUGUCUUCCACAACUCUCCAAAGGAGAAUCCUUCCUCUGAAGUGUGCAACACUCACUCCCAGCCUUAUCGGACUCUUGGUCACAAGCCAUCCGGUGUCGUGUCAACAAACGUAAAACCUUCAUCUGCAUUCAAGCAGCCUUCAUCAAAGAUGCCCAAGAAGGGGAUAUUAAAGAACUUGUAUGUGAGGGAGUCUUCAUUCUCUGAAAAAGAGGGCUGUGCAGAGAGCACCAAAGAAGGCGCUGCAGGACAUUCACACUGCCGCCAGCAGCACACAAACCUCACAUCAGCAGAAAACAGUCCCAACAUGCAAACAGAAGCCGUGCGGAGGCGGAAAGGCAUUUUGAAACGUAACGGCAAGUUCUCUCAAAGUCUGGAUCUUCCCGAUGAUUCCUUCUCUUCAACUGCUGCAGUUCUCCCCGAGGCUCUGCAGCAGCUCCUGCAGGCCGCGGCGGAGCCCGAAUGCCGCCACAGCCGACCCUCCAGUGUGGUGAGCGAGGACAGUUUGUUUUCAUCCGAUUCCUACGAUCUGCUGGACCUCAGCACUCAGGCACAUCGCAAGAUUUUCUCCCAAGAGAUGAACCAUCACACAUGCAGUUCUGAGGAGAACCUGGAAAAACUUACAACGGACAAAUGUGAAGAUGUCUAAUGACCCAGAAAACUGAUAUUAAAAAUCUUAGUGGGUCAAAAGCUAAAGAAUUAUCUUUAUUUCCACUGUCUGAAAACUCCUCCACUCAACAAGGUUUCGUAGUAUUGCACUAUCCGUUCAAAGCACCAUAACUUUACAAAAUCUGACUGUAUUAAACUCAUUAUGUGGCAAACAUUUGAAAAAAAGACAGAAAAAUAAUGACAUAAGAUGUUUUUGUGUGAUGUGCUCACAUGGAUUUCUGCUCACAUGAUCUCUGAAAACUGUCUGUGAAUGCUGUGAUCUACUGAAGCACCACUGUUGAAACAUGAAACAAGCACAGUUGUCCACACAAAACAUGAAUAUGUCUUAGGGUAAAGAAACACAAAGCAAUCCGUUCACACUGUACAUGCGCUGAUGACAAAAGUUCAACUUAAGCUUGCUCAUUAGGGAACAUUUAUCGUGUAUGACAUUAAAGUGUUUGUAAGCAUGUGUAGAGGAAA